AUGGCGCGCCUCGACAACAACGCGUCGAACGCGAUCAAGGCGGUCGACCCGGUCGACCGGGCCCACGACAAGGACGGCAUUUCGACGACGUCCGCCGCCGCCGCUGCCGAUACCAAGCCGGAGCCCCCACAAGAGCCUGAGCAGGCCGGGUGGUUCCACUGGCAUGAGCCGGGCACAUCUCCUGAAGAAAAGAAGCUCAUCUUCAAGCUCGACUGGUUCCUGUUGAGCUUUGGUUGCUUAACGUAUUUUAUCAAACAGCUCGACCAAAACAACAUUUCAAAUGCUUAUGUGUCCGGCAUGAGCGAUGAGCUCGGCUUCGGCCCCGGCAACGAGCUUUCUUGGAUGAACACAUACUUCAACAUCGGCACCAUCAUUGGCGGGUCUUUCGCGAACCUGAUCAUCACCGUCGUCCGCCCUCGCUACUGGUUGCCAGGCUGCCUCUUUGUGUGGUCGCUUUUCGUACUGUUUCUCUUCAAGUGCAACAGCGCGCACCAAUUCUACGUCCUCCGCUUCUUUAUCGGCCUGUUCGAGUCCAGCGCCUGGCCGGGUGUGAUGUUCACCCUCGGCUCUUGGUAUCGCAAGAGCGAACUUGCCCGUCGUUCUGGUCUGUUUGUCAUGAGCGGCGUCUUGGGUCAAAUGUUCUCUGGAUACCUGCAAUCCGCCCUUUACACCGGAAUGGGCGGCAAGGGAGGUCUGUCAGCGUGGAGAUGGCUCUUCAUCUUUGACUUCAUCCUCGCCAUUCCAGUCGUUAUCUACGGCGUUAUUUGCUUCCCUGACACUCCACACACCACCCAAGCCUUCUAUCUCAGCGACUGGGAGAAGGAGCGUGCCCGCCAGCGCAUCGAAGAAGAGGGCCGCAAGCCCGUCGGUAAGAUGAACUGGUCCGUCAUCACCCGCGUCUUCGGCUCAUGGCAGGUCUACGCCUUCACCGCCGCCUACUGCUUCUGGACCCUCACCUGCGGCUCCUACAUCAUCCAGUACUUCACCCUCUACCUCAAAUCUACUAAGAUGUACACGGUGCCUGAGAUCAACAACAUCCCAACCUGCGUCGGCGCAAUCAACUUCGUCUUCAUGGUCUCGACGGGCUACAUUGCCGACAAGAUGCGCAGUCGUGGCCCGAUCUGUUUCGCAGUCGGCUGUCUCCUGACCUUCGUCUACGCCGUUCUCACUGCUUGGACUGUUCCUCAUAUGCUUCGGAUGGCUGUCUUCAUCCUCGCCGGAUGUUACGGCUGCUACACGCCUCUGCUGGCGGGUUGGGCCAAUGAGGCAUGCGGUGGCGACCAGCAGAAGCGUGCUUUUGUCUUGGGUUUCAUGGUUUCUGUGGGACAGGCCGUCGUCAUCCCGUUCCAGCAGCUGCAGAUGCCCAGCGGACAGGCUCCAGCUUUCGUGAAGACACAUGGAUGGGGCAGCGCUCUUGCCUUCGUCAUCGCAUUGACAGUUUGGACCGGUGUUGGACUUCCCUUAUUGCAGAAGUGGAGGGAGUCGAGAGUAAAGGUUAGCACUCAUGAGAGUGACAGUGAUGAGGCUUGA